UUUUGCAGUUUUGCCACGCGAGCUCUCCUUGGUCUUAUCCGCCGGUGCAAAUAAGACGCGCAUGCCCUGAACUCUGGGCUUUCAUCCCGUGCAACGCACAUGGCGGUGCUGACCAAAAAGGCCAGUGGCAAAAAGAAAGCGAAGGCCAAGAAGAAGAAGGUCGCCACACCCGUGGCCUCGACGGAGGAAGAGGUGGUGCCAACACCUGAAGCGACCGCGACGAUUGCCAAUGCCAAGGCGGAGGAGGCCACGACUUUUGAAGCUCUAGGUGUUUGCGAGGAGCUCUGCCGAGCGGUGAAGCUCAUGAAGUGGGCGUCGCCCACGAGGAUCCAACAAGAAGCGAUCCCCUGGGCCCUGCAGGGCCGGGACAUCAUUGGCUUGGCCGAGACGGGCAGUGGCAAGACGGGAGCCUUUGCACUCCCCAUCGUGCAGCGCCUCCUGGACGACCCGCAGCGGUUCUACGCCGUGUGCCUGGCGCCGACGCGGGAGCUGUGUGUCCAAAUCGGCGAACAAUUUGAGGCCAUUGGUAGCACGAUCAAGCUACAGACUGCGACGGUGGUGGGAGGAUUGGCCAUGGUUGACCAGGCAAUGGCCUUGGCCAAACGCCCGCAUGUGGUGGUGGCCACACCAGGGCGUCUGGUUGACCACUUGGAGAAUACUAAGGGCUUCCACUUGAAGACCAUCAAGUACUUGGUCAUGGAUGAAGCGGAUCGCUUGCUCUCCAUGGACUUCGAUGAGGCCUUGGACAAGAUUUUGGAGGUGGUUCCGCGCGAGCGGAACACCUUUCUUUUCUCUGCCACGAUGACGUCCAAGGUCUCCAAGCUUCAACGCGCCUCGUUGCGAAAGCCCGUGAAGGUGGAAGUGAGCUCCAAAAGCGAUACCGCGGCUGGCUUGGUGCAGAACUUUCUAUUGGUUCCUUUCAAGUUCAAGCAAACCUACUUCGCGGCGUUGGUUGCUCAUUUCAUUCACUAUUCCGUGAUGGUUUUUACUGACACCUGCUUGGGAGCACAGAGGCUCUCCAUCUUCUUGAGGCAUAUGGGUAUGAAGUCCAUUUGCCUCCAUGGGAACAUGAGCCAGGCCCAAAGACUGGGAGCAUUGACGGGAUUCAAGGCCAAAGAGCACCGGAUCCUGGUCUGCACCGAUGUGGCCUCGCGUGGCUUGGAUGUCCCUUCGGUGGAUUUGGUAAUCAAUUAUGAUGUCCCGAAGAAUUCGAAGGACUACAUCCACCGCGUGGGACGCACCGCUCGCGCCGGGCGGACGGGGCGGGCGGUGUCCAUGGUGACUCAAUACGACGUGGAGCUCUUUCAGCGAGUGGAGCAUUUUCUUGGCAAGAAGUUGGAGGACCUGGGCUGA